AUGAAAGGCACUUCUCCCGACUUUGAUAAGGAUUCUUAUAACAAACCGCCAGUAGCGCCGCCAAAUGCUCGUCGUGGGCCCUGGCUGCCUGAAGAAGAUCGUCGACUCAUGUCCAUCAUUGCCAUUCAAGGGCCUACCAACUGGGUCCGCAUUCUGGCUCUGCUAGGCACUCGACUGCCAAAACAGUGUCGUGAGCGUUAUCAUCAGAACUUGAAGCCUUCGCUCAAUAGAAACCCAAUUACUGCAGAAGAAGGUGCUCUUAUAGAGCAGCUCGUGGCUAAACACGGCAAGAAGUGGGCUGAGAUUGCCAGGCAUUUGACUGGAAGAAGCGAUAAUGCCAUCAAGAACUGGUGGAAUGGUGGUGCCAAUCGUAGGCGGAGAGUUAGCCACGUCGCUGCCCAGAAUUCCGACCAGCAAACGCAAGCUUCAUCUAGUACUCUUUCCAGUACUCUGAAUGUCAACUCGGGCUACAAUUCAUCUGGGGGCACCGCCCCCAAUUCUGCGCCAGUCUCGGCACCGGUGUCGAAUUCUGGCCUGUUUUCCCAUCCUUCUAUGACUCAGUUCCCUCACUUACGUCCACAACUUGCCCAGUCUGUGUCACCUCAAAGGUCUCGCCAGAACUCCUUCAGUUCCAUACCGCCUCCUCCAGAAGGAUAUGGUACCUCUCAGUACCCAAAGGUGCCACAGCUCUCCCAAAUUUCGUUCAACACUUCCAUUUUUAGCGAGCUGGAAAAACGCAAUCAUACUAACCUUAAUGGAGUUUAUUCUACUCCAGGCCAUUUUACACAUCUUUCUGCCGGAAAGAACCCGAUCCGCCUGGCUAGUAUUGAUCAUCCAACACUCCCUCCGUUGUUGUCUAAUUUUAACAAACGUAACGUUGAAGAGGAUCGUCGUCAUUCCUUGAAUACAACGUUGCCUCCGCCUACUCUGCCUGCUCUGUACCAUCAACAUUCCAAUUUGCACCCUCCCAACAAUAGCUCAUACAAUCUGCCACCUCAGGGAGGUGGAAACAGCAGUCAUGGUGAAAGUUCCUUCUACAGUCUGCCAGUGUCACACGUUUCUCGUCAAAAUUCGUUGUGCCAUGACUAUAAACAUUCUUUUGCAUUGCCUCUGGCAACGUCAAGCUCCCAUCCUCUGAGACGCUCAUCGAUAGCGCCAGACUUGUUCCCUAAUCCCAUGGCUGGCCAUGGGCAUGGGGAAAUGUGGGUCAAGCGUAAUCAGCUGCUGAUUCUGCUUCAUUCUCCAUCAAUAGCGCCAGUAGCCUCGAAUCCAAACCGCCUUUCUGUGAGCAGUUUCCUGGGACUACUGGAGCAGGGCAAAGGACAGAGUACCUACAACGGUCCAAAUGGAGCAGUUGCGACUGGUACUGGCGUAUCCUCCUCCUCAAAUAGCACAGCUGGAGGCUCGGGGAUGCCAUCGGGUAUUCCGUCUUACAAAAAUUUAGUUCGCAGCAUUAAUAGCACCCCGAUCCCUGAGGAUAAAGACCAGGACGCUGCCGAAACUGACCGGAUCAAGGUGCUGAAUCUCAUUGAGUGA